AUCGAGUUAAUCAAUUGAAAGUUCUCGAAAUGAAAAUCUGACUCGUUUCUUGAUUAAGCUAGUCAUUUCGAUCAGCGUUAGGUAAAUGUAAGGUGUUUCAUUGUUCGUGAACAUCUUGAAUAUUUUUGACGUUUAUGAACGUAUGAAAUAUGAAUUUUUUUAAUCAUUUUUAAUUAUUAAAGGGUCUUUGAAUAUACCUAGAAUGAUGAUUUUAAUAACAUUAUAUAUAUUUCGUUAUUUAAUUCACAUAAUUUUAUUGUUAAACGCUUCCACAUGUUUCCAACAAAGAUAUUCAAGAGUUUAUGACGAAUAAAUUGUCUUGUAUAUUUCACAAACUUUUAUUCCUAGUACAUAUUUCAAUGUCGUAUUUUAAUGUUUAAUAUGUAAUCUAGAGAUCAUUUUUAUAUGAUGUUCUAUUUUAAUUAAUCUCAGUGGUUACUGAUUUUAGAAAACAAGAGAGAAAAAUAGCCACGAGCUUAAGAAAAUUUGAAACUCCUCCGUUGACAUUUAUACACGCCAUAGUACGAUCAAAAAACACGGAAUCAGAUGCAUCAAACAAGAUUGCACGUAAAUUCCGAACUCAAUUCCUUGAAAACUGAAGUACAUCUUUCUUUUUUUUAAGUAAUGUUCACGCCCAGUUUUUCCUCCAAUUCAAUUGUACCACAAAUGACAAUUUUGCAUAGCUAAAACUGCCAAAAUGUGUAUGCUUGACAAGAGAGAGAAAAAAAAAAGAGACACACAAAUAACUAUAUAAAGUCUGUAUCUAAAACAGAUCGUAAGACAGAGAGAACUUGAAAAAAAAAAAAAUUAACACGUUUCACGACGCAGUGUACAGUAUUAAUUCGUACCAAUUUCCUUUGUAAUUUGUAAACGGAAUUUAUAAUGUUAUUAAAGCAAUUUUCAUUGCAGGGACCAUCCUGUAUGUACCACAGACAGAUAAAUUAAAGCAAAAAUAAAGUAAAUCAUAAACGCCUAGCUCGAAUUCUUCCGAGGGUUGUUCGAAAAUCACCGAGAAAACUGCCGAAGAAUACUAUACCGCGGAGGUGCGAUCCUGCUGAACGGCCAUUGACUUGGCCUGUGAUCCUUCGCCCACGACAUUCUCUAUCGGUUCUGCCGUACAUUGUUCAACCGCUGUUUCCACUGUCGAUACAACGUGUCUUCGUAAGCUCGUUCAUGCGGUGGAAACGUAUCUUCAACCCUGAAAACCCGCCGUGCGAACGAGGCCGAGAUUCCUUUCGGAGACGCUGCAUUUCAGAAGUAACGUUUGCAAUGUAACGUAGCUGCGUGUCCGUAAGAACGAUCGAUGAAAAGAGAAUGGUGACGAAGAGAAGCAGAAGACGAGGAGAACGGGAGAAGGUUGUGUUUUCGUUGAAGUGUACAGUUUUUCGAGUUUUACGUCGUGACGCCGUCGAAUGGAAGACGCGUGUGAGAGACGAAAAGAGGAACAUGAUAAAAAAUUACUUUCACUUUUUAAUAAUGUGCAAGAAGACUUACGAAUAGGCCGUUGCUGCCUGGCUUUCCAACAGUUAACGAUUAUCGAGGCUAUCGCCUUGGUCACGGUACCUUGUUUCGAGAUCGUCUUCUACGAAACGUUCCAGACGAUUUGGAUGAUUAGCAAAAAACUGAUGGCGGUCUCUCUUCCUAGAGGAUGCAUGAUAAUAUUAUUUCUUUACGUGUUUGUGCUUGUAGGGAACGUUAAGGAAGACUCGGAUAUGCGUUCCAUCCGUUUGCAUGAGAAAAGAAAGAUUCACUAUUGGCAAAUGUGUUCGAAGUACGGAAUGCAAAUGUCUGCCAGGUGUGUCGACGAAGUAAAAAUGUGGAAAUCUCGAGAAGUACGAUUAAUUAAAGAUAAUCGAGCACGAUCAUUGUAUAAAUUGAAGACGCGAUCUUACAUCGGAUAUACAAAUAUUAGAGGCUCGCAGAUGUCACGUUGCGAAAUGGUAAAGAGAUUCGACAAGCUUUGCUUCUAUGAAAUCUUCAACGUUAUUACUAGUCCCUUGCAAUUGAAAUUAUUGUACCAAGUAUCUCCCAAAUAUAAAAAUAAAAAUUACCGAGAAAUCUCUGUUGAAUCGCAAUUGAUCAUAAAUUAAUGUCGUUCGUUAAUAUUCAAUCUAAGCCCUUUAGUACACCGUGCGUAUCUACAUAUGUAUAUACACGCAGUCCACUUACUGUACACAAAAUGAAAGGUGACUUUAAUUGUCGCCGCGGUUACCGAGGACAGUGUUGACAUCGUCUACGGUGCCGUCUGCCUCCGUUACGAAAAUUUUCGCGUGGCGGCUUCUCUCUGCAUUCAUCGUGUUCUCUCUGAAAACGUGUACGAAAACGGUGGAAAGGAAGGGUUGUGGGGGGCAGCGAGCGCCUCUAUCGAAACAGCCUGAUUGUGAAUAUUCGCUCGAGGAAGGGGGUUCUUCCUUCCUCCGCUCGGAAGGAGAAAGAGGAAGA